AUGACAAAUCCAGCCAAUCAGCCACCACCAUUCCUCAUAAAGACUUUCAUUGUAUGGAAGCCGCCAGAGUUUGCGCGGGACUUGUUGCCCAAGCACUUCAAGCACAACAAUUUCUCCAGUUUUGUCCGACAACUCAACACAUACGGCUUCCGCAAGGUCGACCCAGAUCGCUGGGAGUUCGCAAACGAACACUUUGUCCGUGGCAAGAAGGAGCAACUGCGCGGCAUUCACCGCCGUAAGCCUUCCAGCAGCCAGCAUCACAGCCACCACCAUAGCGGCGCCGGCGGCAUCAAUGGCACUGGCGGCAGCGCUGGGGCCGUUGCGGUGCCGAGUAAUGCGCUUAUCGCAGCCGGAACGGCUGCACCGGCCAUCGAGAUUGGCGCAUACGGCGGCUUCCAAGAGGAGAUUGACAACCUCAAACGCGACAAGAAUUUGCUAAUGGUGGAGCUGGUACGUGUACGGCAGCAGCAGGCGGGUACGGACGCCAAGAUGCGGGAUUUGCAGGCACGGCUGGAGGCGACUGAGGCGAAGCAGCAAACCAUGAUUAAUAUGUUUGCGGCGGCGUUUAAGCACCCAUCGGUGUUUCAGCGGAUGUUGUCCACCAUGGCGACCGGCGGUGUGCAGCGCUUGGCGAAUGCACCCACGUACCCAUCUCCGGUCACCAACGGGGGCCGUAGGAAGCGCCGGGCGCGUGGGGAGUCCCCCUUGGAGAUGGACCUGGGCAAUGGUGUGGGUGUGAAUGAGGUCAUUGAUGCGGACAUGGCGGACCAUGGUUCCGGUGGCGGCGCCGCCGGCUCACCGGGCGGUACCGGCGGCGGCGGCGACGACACGUCAUCCAACGGCUCCGCCAGCGGACUGGCCAUGGGCGCGGUGACGCACCAGCAGCUGGUUCAGUACAACCCUAAUGCGGCGGGCGGCGAUGUGCUGAACGACAUGAUGCUGCGCUCCUUUCAGACACUGCUCUCUACGGCAGAGGACGUUACGGGCGAUGUGACGGGCGCUUUCAACAGUCUGGCGAUUGGGCCGCAGGCCUCCGCUGGCACUACUGUUCCCGUUGUGACCAUUCAUGAACAGCCGUGCGGGACCUCGCCAGCCCUGGGGGGAACCUCCUCCAGUCAUGAAGGCCUCACAAACGGUGUGGUGGCCAUGUCACCUUUGCCGCUCGGCAGCACGGCCAUCCAGCCAUACCACGCGCCGCAUACUCUAGGGUUAGCAGGGCUUGCGCACGGGUUGGAGGCGGCGGCAGCGACGCCGCAGCCGGCCCCGUUGGUCGACACCACCGAAGCCGCGCUCAUCAUUCCCAAGCCAGAGCCUCUGACGGCGCAUCUGCUGCCGGUAAACGGGGGCCUUGGUAUGACGGUCAUGCCGGUUCACAACGGAGCUGCUGCCGUCGCCUGCAACGGAGCGAUGCCCUGUGCCGCCGGCGGCACAGCACCGUCAGCGGCGGCGUCUGCCGCCGGCAAGCCCGCCGCCGCGGCGCCAAUGGGGACAGUGGUGGCUGUGGGCCCCGCCUCUGCGUCGGGUGCCGUAGGUCCGGCUGCCAGCUUAGGGUCUGGCCCCCACGUGCACACUAUGAUCCCCAUUCAAAGCGUUACGAUGGCUCCGCCAACGCAAUCCAUGCCGACGGGACAACCGGCUCCCACGGGCCUGCCGGCCAUCGGCUCUGCGGCCACAGCCGCGGUGGCAGUGGCGGCCGUCGCCGCUGCCGCCCCUAGCUCGACCGAAGCGUCGGCGACUGUGGCAGCGUCGUCGAUGUGGACGCCGGUCGCGGCGGCGGUGACGCCACUGGUCGCGGCGGAGACGGCGGCGGCGGUCCGGCAGCCGCCGCUGCCGGUGAACGAUAACCCUACCGUGUCCAGCCCCGACGACGAGGACGACGGCAUGGGGCUCCCGGUAGAUCUAAUGCACACGUUGCGCUCGAUGGCGUCAGGUGAGCUGGUGCUGCCAGAAGACGGUGACUUCGGCGACGACGUGUGGGCGCACUUGAUGACGGCGGCCAGCGCGCAGCCCGCCGACGGCGUCUCCGGUCUAGGGAUGGACUUGAGGGAAAUUAUUCCGCCGUCGGUGCUUGAGGAUUGAGGGACGCUCCCUCGCCGCGCACGGCGCACCCAUGCCGGAUCGGAACAGAAGAGAUCUGUGUGCGGUCGCGUGAUGAUGGCGAUUCGAGCGCAAUGCCCAUGGCUGCCUCUCUGAACCUCUGCUGCAUCGCCGAAUACGCGAAAUGGCGGGCGGCAUUUGGGCCGCCGUUGCGGCGCCUGUCGUUGUGGAGUCCGUGGACAUCCGUCUGCAAAAGGCGCGUUCCUUGUCUGCGGACUGCCCAAGAUGUAAGGACGGUGGUCUCUGAUAGAUAGUUUGGGGCGGCGGGUGAGGCGGCGGCGGCGGCGGAUGGGGAGGAUGUUGCGCUCCAGGCGGGAUCUUGCCCUGCAGCAGGAGUUUGGGAGAUUGCUGAGCUUGUGGGCUUCCGGCUCCUCCAGCGGUGAAGCAGGCUAGUGCGCUUUUCCAUGCAUGCAUCUUGCGUGUGCACGCAAGCAGUGACGAGGCAUGGAAAGAUGCUGCCGCAAAAGCCGCUGGGGAACUUACCUACUGC